AUGUCUCCAUGUUGGUUGAUUCUUCUUAUUACCCUCAUAGCCAUGUUUCUCACAAUUGAUGCAGAUUCUCAGGAAAACACAAAGAGUUAUCUAGUAUAUGUCAGGAGUCCUCCAAUUCGUGAUGCCCCCAAGUCAAUGCUUCACAUGAGGAUCCUCCAACAAGCCCUUGGCAGUGAUGGAACAGCAAAUGCUCUUGUACACAGCUACAAGAGGUCUAUCAAAGGGUUCGUUGCGGCGCUCAAGAAAGAAGAUGUUCAAAAAGUUUGCUGUCAAUUUUCUGAGUUUUUAGCAAUGGAAGGAGUGAUUGCUAUAUUCCCAAAUGAAAAGAAGCAUCUACACGCUACAAGAUCAUGGGACUUCAUAGGAUUUCCAGAAAAAGUGGAAAGAUCAAGCACAGAGAGCGAUAUAAUAAUAGGAGUAAUUGACUCUGGAAUCUGGCCUGACUACCCAAGCUUUAAUGACUCUGGAUUUGGUCCUCCACCCCCUAAAUGGAAGGGAUCCUGCUAUAAUAUCACUUGCAACAAUAAGAUCACUGGGGCAAAAUAUUUCCGAAGUGACAAAAAAUUUGGUAAAAAUGAUAUAAUGUCUCCAAUAGAUUCUAGAGGCCAUGGAACACACACUGCAUCAACAGCUGCUGGUGGAGCUGUGAGCUCAGCAAGCUUCUAUGGUCUGGGCUUAGGAACAGCAAGAGAAGGUGUGCCAUCAGCAAGAAUAGCAGUGUACAAGGUUUGUCGGUCCGAUGGAUGUCGAGAUGCAGACAUUCUUGCAGCUUUCGAUGAAGCAAUCGCUGAUGGGGUUGACAUAAUCUCUGCCUCACUUGGAAGUACAUUAGCUCAUCAUUAUUUCAAUGAUGUUGUUGCGAUUGGAGCUUUUCAUGCGAUGAAACAUGGGAUCUUGACCUCAGCUUCUGCUGGCAACGGUGGCCCCAAACUUACGACCAUGCGUAAUGUGGCUCCUUGGUCUCUUUGUGUGGCUGCCACUACCAUUGAUAGAGAGUUCCUCACCAAGAUUAAAUUUGGGGAUGAUAUUGUUCUUGAGGGAAAUUCAUUAAAUACCUUUGACUUGAAUAAUAUUCAGUAUGCAGUAGUCUAUCGUGGGCAUGUGCCUAACACCCUUGAAGGGUAUAAUAGCUCUAUAUCUAGGCUUUGCUUAAGAGACUCAAUGGACCAGAAUUUAGUGAAGGGAAAAAUAGUUGUUUGUGAUGCAUCUAUCGUUAAUCUAGUGAAUGGUGAUAUCUUACGCCUCAAACUGCAACAACAUAACUGCAGCCAUGUUGAAGAGCAGCCAUUUCAACAAUACUUAGCUCCUUUUGUAGCCUCUUUUUCCUCCAGGGGUUCCAACCUGAUUACACUUGACAUUCUCAAACCAGACAUAGCAGCACCAGGAUCUGAUAUUUUGGCUGCAUGGUCUCCAAAUUCACCUCCUUCUGCAGUGAAAGGAGACAAAAGACAACUAGAAUAUUUUUUCGAUCCAGGGACAUCAAUGGCAUGCCCUCAUGUUACUGCGUUAGCUGCUAACAUCAAAUCCUUCCAUCCUUCUUGGUCUCCUGCAGCAAUCAAGUCUGCUAUUAUGACCACAGCUACACCAUUGAAAUCUCUAAAGAACGAUGCUGAGUUUGCAUAUGGGUCUGGCCAUAUAAAUCUAACCAAGGCACUAAAUCCUGGUUUAGUAUACGAUGCUAAUGAAACCGACUACAUCAACUUCCUAUGUGGACAAGGUUACAAUGACUCACUGCUUCAAGUUGUAACUGGAGAAAGUAACAAUUGUUUUGGAGUCACUCAUGGCAGUGUGUGGGAUUUAAACUACCCUUCUUUUGCUGUCUCCACUACUUCUCCUGAAUUCGAUACCCGACUUUUCAAAAGGACUGUCACAAACGUUGGGUCACCAACUUCCACAUAUGAGGCCACUCUGACUGCUCCGGAAGGAAUCGACAUACAAGUAAAUCCUCCAAGGUUGUCGUUCACUUCCUCGGGACAGAAGCUGUCGUUUACUGUUAGUGUCAGUGGAUUUGUAACUUCCAUAGCUUCUGCUUCUUUGGUCUGGGAUGAUGGCACCUACCAAGUGAGAAGCCCUAUUGCGGUGUUCUUAUAUAAUAUUGAUGAUAACUAA